UUCAUAAUCUCGAGGGGAUCCCAGUAUUUUGCUCCUCGACUUGGUUAAGGGCGGGCCAUCGAAGGAGACAGUCUUCAGACUCCCAGCACUACAUCCUACCCCGAGCUUCCCCCCACACACUGAACCGGUGAUACGUGGCUCUCUGGAAAAGUGUAGCUCACCACCAGCCUAGUUCGGGGAGCAGUGGGACCACUCGCAUGCUUAAAGAGAAACGCCACGGCGGAAGCCUGCAUUCAACCGAGCUGGCCUGGAUGGCAGGGACACACUGGUGCCAGGACUGCAAAACAUAUAAGUGUUUCACGUGCUGUCUAAGAGCUCUCUUUGGACCUUGGAACGGAUGAAAGUCGCAGGCAGAGGAAAGCCCAGCUGGGCUCUAGCCACUGUGUUUGUUGGCGUUACCCUGAUGGUGCUGACCUCCAGGUGCGCAUCAAGCAACCAGAAGAUGUCCCAGACAGCUAUGGGCCACUCCACAGAUAGGGCUGCGGGACAAGGGAACAGCUUGCUUGAAGAGCUUCUGGGCUUCCAGGGGCUAGCUGACCUGUUUGCCAGUGAGCAGGCUGAAGUGUGGUUGUACUCCCUGGUGGGCUCUAUCGUUGUGGGCCUCAGCGGGAUCUUCCCACUACUCGUCAUACCGAUCGAAGCCGGAGCUGCCCUGAAAACCGAAGCUGGAGGGCAAAAGCUGAAGCAGCUUCUGAGCUUUGCUAUUGGUGGCCUCCUAGGUGAUGUGUUUCUCCACCUCCUUCCUGAGGCUUGGACCCUCUGUAACCAAUCAGAUGGUAGUCGCCACCACCACUACAUGGUCCAGGGACUCUGGGUCAUCGUUGGCCUACUGUCCUUCCUAAUUCUUGAGAAGAUGUUCCCCGACCAGAACAGCAACGCUGAGCCUGAUCCUACUGCUGACCUUGAUGCCACUUCUUCUGCAUUGUCUGGUUCUGUCAUCGGUGGGAAUACAGAGGGGUUGGUGAAGAACGGGAAGCUCUCAGAUUUGAUGGGCUCCUCCAAGCCACAGCAGCUCUGCACUCAGAGUGGAUCACACACCAUCAAGACCAGUGGUUACCUGAAUCUUCUGGCUAACUGCAUUGACAACUUUACCCAUGGGUUAGCAGUUGCAGGGAGUUUCCUGGUCAGCAAAAAGGUUGGCUUCCUGACCACCUUUGCCAUCCUGCUCCAUGAGAUCCCACAUGAGGUCGGGGACUUUGCCAUCCUGCUGCGGGCCGGGUUUGACCGCUGGAGCGCUGCUCGCAUGCAGCUGACUACAGCUCUGGUGGGCGUGCUCGGAGCUAGCACCGCGCUGUGCUGCCAAUCACCACAAAGCACAGACAAUGCGACUGCAUGGAUAUUGCCAUUCACAUCUGGCGGCUUCCUCUACAUAGCCUUGGUGAACGUUGUGCCUGACCUGCUCGAAGAGUCUAACGUUAGACAUUCCCUGAUGCAGGUGGGGCUUAUUUGCCUCGGGGUAGCGGUGAUGGCUCUGUUGUCCUUCAUCGUGGACUGACCCAGGGGAAGAAUAAGCUCCUCCACCAAUAAUGUCUCCAAAAACCUUUUAAACCCAGCCCUAUCUCCUCCUCAUGGAAACGCCCUGUACAGCACGUUUUACACUCACAUGAACACCACCACUGCCAAAUUUUUCGAAAAAAAACGUAACAAGCACUUUAAAGAAGGACCCAAACCAUGACUCCAUCUGUUGACAACCAAUGGAUGUGAACACUUGGUAACGUGCCAAACCUGGAGCAGCUUGGGGAUCGAGGGUGCUUGUACUGGGGGUUAUGACAAAUUUGUCUCACAUUGUUGACUAAACUAAAUCAUGUUUUGCACAAACCGUUAAUGUAUGCACACAGGUAGGGACGAAUUAACCCGUCAACACAAAGAUUAGUAUUAAACCUGUAAAUCUAUAAUGUUAGGGGUUAUUGUGAGGGCCUUUCUUGACAGAAUUGACUUUAAACGAUAUACCGUAUUUUUGUAUGUUUGUUUCUCCUGAGCAUAUUUAUUUAAAAGCAAGAAUCGAUUAGCAAGAUUAAAUGAUGGAUUCUGUGGGCCAGAUAACCGGGGCAUAAGAACAAUGUUAUUUGUUGGGAGGCUCUGUUACUUUUGUGCCUAAUCUGCACCAAAACAAAAUGCUUUGUUUGUUUUAUUAUACCUUUACACUACACUAGGGAUAAAACCCAUAUUGUUACCCGUUUGCUGAACAGAAGAAAAUAUUUAAUGAGAUUGAAAUGUGUAUGAUGGCUAAUACAAUUCAUCAUGGUAUGGAAUUUACUUCACGUUUUACCAAAAAAUCUGUUAUUUCCAAUUGACCUUCUUAAAUAUCGAUAUAUUUUUUAAACGCAUUCAUAGAUGGGUAUGGGAUUCUACUUAUCUGAAUAUUUUUCUAAAGAUUAAAAAUGUGUUCUUAUUUUGGAAACAAAGGUAGCAAACAAGUGACCAUUAAUGAUUAAGCAUUGUACAAUCAUAACAUUAAAAACUAUGAUGUUCUGUGGCAAAGA